AUGACCUCAAGCAAUGUCCUUGUUCCCUAUUGUUCUUUGCAGACCGCCUUAAAUUCAAGCAAACAUUGCAAGCUGUCAGUCGCCUAUCAUCCUUCCCUCGAAAACACUAGAUACAUCCUCAUUUAUUCCAAGCACAUGCCGCCAAAAUCGGAGAGGAGAGGUCGUACAAGUGCACACCCUGGUUCAAUCCUUUCGCUUCCGGCCGAGCUCAUCUCGGAAAUAUUCCUUCAAUGUCUUCCGCCAUACCCAGUCUGCCCGCCGCUUCUGGGUAAUAUAACCGCCACUUGCCCCACCAUACUUGGUCAUAUCUGCGCGGAGUGGCGACAUAUCGCCCUGGGAACUCCGAGACUCUGGCGGGCGAUUGAGCUUGAGGUGCUUCCCAAUGAUUACUGGGGUAAUCGUGUCACCACACCAGUGCGUCGACUUGAAGUGACAGUGGCCAUGGCGAAGUGCUGGCUGGAGCGAUCCAAGGCUGUGCCGCUUUCUCUUAUCUUGGGUAUCUACUUGGACCACUGGAAAGAUGAUACCCUCGACAUCUUCCUCCAACUUGAAUGCGUAUCACGCUGGGAAUACGUGGUACUAACUCUUCCAACCCCACUCGACAGCAUGCUAAACCAAGGGCGAUAUCGACAUCACUUCGAACAGCAAAUGCCGUCACUACGACAAAUCCAGUUUCGACCGAUACGUACGGUGCAUCUGAAUCAGAGCUUCGACGUUACCCAAGUCACUGGUCGUUUGGAUGCCCCUAAACUACAAACCGCAUUCUUCCACGCCUUCUCCCAUUUUCCACCCGCCGACCUCACCGACUUUUUACCUUGGGCCAACCUGACAGUCUUGAAUAUCGUACAUAUCACUCCAAUCCAUGCACUUGCUCUGCUCCGGUUGACUACUGGCACGAGCAUUGUGGCAUGUCGAUUCGAGUUUGACCAUCGUAAUGGCGCGCACUUGGAUGGCUUCAACUUUGAUUCCGCUGCCAACGCAAUCGGUCACCCAAAUCCAACUGAUACCGACAUUGCUUUUCUCGCGGUUUCGUUACCACGAUUAACGACUCUUCAACUGGCUUGUACAUUCGAACCGUCCGGAAAUGCCCGGGUUGCACUUCAAAAGUGCAUGGAUGCGCUUCGUGCUCCAGCACUCAAGGACUUGUGGAUCGAGGUCAACGUCUUCCAACGGCAUAGCCCGAAUUUGACUGAAAUUCUGCGCACGUGGGGCUGCACGCUGGAACGUCUGCUGAUCUUCCAAGAUUCAAAGAUGAAACGAUAUCAGCGCGACAUAUACACGGCUGACUUUGUUCAUGUCCCCCGUCUGGAGCUUUUGACCGACUUGGAUGACAACCCAGAGCCUAUGGCGAAGUGGGACUUGCGUUCACGAUAUAGUUCAGGCAGGAUCUAUCGAGACUAUGACUGA